AUAGAUCAAAAAAUUGGAAAAAAAAUCAGAAAAAUAAGUUUCUCUUCUCCUCUUCUCUCAGCGAUCCAAGCUUCUUCUCCAUCGUCAGAUCUCUUCACUCAAUCAAAACAAUUCCACCAAUCCCUUCCCUUUCUCUCUCUUUCAACUCGCGCCAAAUACAAACUCUCUAACUAACCCUCUCCCUCUCCCUCCUCUCUCUCUCUCUCUCUCUCUCUCUCUUUCUCUCUCUACAGGGAUUUCGUUGAGAUGGCGGAUAACCCAACAAGUCCGGCAGGAGGGAGCCACGAGAGUGGUGGCGAGCAGAGCCCCCACUCUGGGGUGAGAGAGCAGGAUAGGUACCUGCCUAUUGCCAAUAUAAGCAGGAUCAUGAAGAAGGCCUUGCCAGCAAAUGGAAAAAUUGCUAAAGAUGCUAAGGAUACCGUCCAGGAAUGCGUCUCUGAGUUUAUCAGUUUUAUUACCAGCGAGGCAAGUGAUAAGUGCCAGAAGGAGAAGAGGAAGACAAUCAACGGGGAUGAUUUGUUGUGGGCAAUGGCAACAUUAGGCUUUGAGGACUAUAUAGAACCGCUUAAGGUGUACCUAGCUAGGUACAGGGAGAUGGAGGGUGACACUAAGGGAUCUGCGAGGGGUGGAGAUGGAUCAGCUAAAAGGGAUGCAAUUGGAGGUCUGCCUGUUCAAAACCCUCAGUUUGCUAUCCAGGGAUCAAUGAACUACAUUAGUUCCCAGGCGCAAGGACAGCAUAUGAUUGUUCCAUCCAUGCAAGGCAAUGAGUAGAGAGUUCUAGUUUCAUAUUACCAAUCUAAUGAAAUUUAGGGCCAGUAAAACUGUUUAAUGUCCAACUUCUAUAGCAUCUUUGAUAUUGGUUUAUCAGAUAUGAACCAAAGUGCAUUAUAUUCUUGGGGCUUUGGUUUUGGUUGUUGGGGUUUGGAUUUUGUGGGUUCUCUCUCUGGCAGAACAGCUUUAAUAGUCACAUAAAUGCUGUAAAUUGUUUUUUUUUUUUUAACAUUCUCCUGACUAUUUGAAGAGACUGAUCUCAUAAAUCUCUAUAUUGUAUCUUUGUCAAUUCUCA